AUGGUCAGCCAUGGAAAACAUAUUGCAGUAAUAGUCCAACAGCUUAACAAAUUUAACCCUGAAAAUCAGAGCGUGGAGGAUUUCUUGAAUGAAUCAGCUAAGAUGUUGCAGACUCUUAAUGUGACGGAAGGAAAAUCUGUGAUGGAUACACUAGCUGGAUGCAUAGAAUAUAAAUCCUUAUUGGAUGUAGUAGUCAAUGCCUUUUUUGUUCGGGAUGGGAGAUGCUGCCUGAUUUCUGAGCGUAAUCUCUAUAUAGUUAUUUGUUAUCUGGCUACUUUUCAACUAGAAGAGCUUGGUCUUCAGCAGUUCAGCAGAAUUGUGAAAUCUCUGGACACUGCAAAAAUGCAAAAGUUUCUUAGAUUCUUCUUCAAUGCCUUGUAUUUGAACACGUGGAUAAAAGAUGAAUGGAGUCAGUUCUACGAUUCACUGUAUGUAAAAGAGAACUGGAUUGACCCACUGCUAAGAUGGCAGCCAAAAGUACAGCAACUGAUUGAACAACUCACAGAUAUAUUAAGUAAUCGUACUGCCACUGUCAAGAGUUCAACGGUCACUCGGCCAAAGGAAUUUAAUUUGACUGUACCCAAACCACGUGCCAUUCCUAUACCUCUGCCAAUACCACCACUGGAAAAAAGGCCACCUGUUCCUCCAAGCACCUACAAACCUCCAAAGGAAAAAAAGCAACUAGAGGAAAUCAAAACAAGAAAUCGCCGAAAAGCAGAAAUUGACAACAUACCUAUUAAAUUAAAUGCUGCAGCUAUUUUAAGAGAGGGUGCCCUCUAUCAGCGGAAAAUGGAACAGGAGCUCAAGAGAAUUGAAAAUUUGCUACGAGGGGCUGGAGACCCAUCUGAAUUCUUGGAAUGGCAAAAACAGAUGCGUGGAAAAGAUUUGGAAGAGCAGCUGACUGAAAUAGAGUGUAGGAGGCUUCAAGGGAAACUGAGUCAUGAAGAGGCAGUUCUAGCCCAUCAGAAUGUAACUCAAGAAAAUAAAAAGAAAGCUGAUCUAAUGAGAGAAGAGAAAGCAGAGCUGAUGCACCAGUAUGCAGAGAAACGUCUACAGGAACAGAAAGAAAUGAGAGAGCUGGUGGAGCAGGUCGUGGAAGGACACAAGAAUGCAAAGCAAGCAAAAGUAAAGCUCCAGAAAUACAAACAGCAGAUAGUUCAGGAAGUUUGUGAAGAAAAUCGAGAACUUCUUCGGCAAGCUUUAGAAGAAGAGGAGGAAAAGCUAAGGAAAAGAUAUGAACUAAUUCAACAAAUACGAGCUAUUGAGUGUUUACCAAGCCUCAGACACAAGUUCGUUGAUUUAACUGAGACUGGUGGCCAUGGUUUAAUUUGUGAAAUGUCAAUAGUGGAACUACGUGAACGCCUCGCUCUACUCAGAGAAGCACAGAAGGCAGCAGAGGAAGAGAAGAGAGACCAGAUAAUUCAUGAAAAACAAGCUAAGGAACAACUUCUUCUAGACAAACUGGACCAGAUUUCCCUGUUCAGAGCAGAACUUGGACGAGCAGCUGCUUUAAAGCAAGAAGAAAAGAAAAGAAAGUCCCAGUCUGGUGACAGGCCUAUGAAAGAUGAACGCAUUUUAAACCUGCAGAAAAAGAUUGUAGAAAAAACAAUGGAGCGUAAAAAGCAAGCAGGACUCUUAAAGAUUACCCCCCAGAAAACCAGCAUGGCAUCGAGGAAGGAUUCUUUGCAAUGGAACCAUUGGAAAGAACUGGAAGAGAGUCGGGAACGACAGUUCAGGAUCCUUCAACAUGGCUUCAUGGCCAGAGAAACAGCUCAGAAAAUGGCUGCCUACGAGGCAGCAAGAAGUGGAGCCACAGUCUGUAUAUUGCGCUCUGAAGUAAACUAAAAUACAUUUGGAACAAAUUCAGGCCUGCUGGAAAUCUCCCAGCGUGCCCAUUUACUACAAGGUUGAAUUUUAAUCUUUGUUUCACCUUUACAGAGUAAUUAGAAAAAUUUGGGUCAUACAGGCACAACAGAAUAAAAAUGUGUUAAUUUUUUCAUAAUAGAAUUUUAUUUUUAAGCUAUAAUGACACCUUUUUUUAUGUUAGAAUCAAAAGCUUUAAGAAACCAAAACCUUACCAUCAGAGCUGCUACAGCAGAACGGAAAAUAUCUGGGCAAGAGUGUUGAGAUCUGUGUUUCUGUUAUCAUUGUAUAUACUAUGCCACGGUUUGCUGUGCUCAUCUUCCAAAAGAAUAAAAAUGAGGG